UCGUCUCGUUAAAAGAGACAGAAUGGUGAAUACAUCUCAAAACAUACGUAUUUACCUUAAAUUUUACGACAUCUUCAGGCUAAGCUGUGCCUGACUAACAAAUAUUGUCAUCAGGGUUGUAUUUUUUCAUAUAAGCUUGCAAAAAAGGCAUAAUGCGUUUUAUACUUUCACGAAAUAUCUUACGAACAAGUUUGACAUUUUAUAGCGUUCUCCUAGUUUUGACAAAGAAGGGAUUAUGUGAGGAACUUCCCGAACAAGGGGACAACAAUUCUCCUGGGAACACCAUAACCAACACUCCAAAUGAGGAGUCUGUCAUGAAAGAUUCCACACAAGGUGAUAAACCAAGAACUGAAGAAACACCAAGUGAACAAAUUGAUAAUUUAGAUUUGUGGAGUGAAGAACUUAAAAAAGAAGUCCACAAUAUUGAAGCUCUAUCCCAAUUACAUGAAGCAGGUCAAAGUUCUGAACAGUUAAACACAAACUUAAAUAGCCAAAAAGCUUACAGUGACAAUAAAGAGAAAAUAUCAGAAGGAGAAAAGAAACAUUUUAGUGAGGAAUCUAGAGGAGACAGAACUGCUAAAUUGAAUGGAAAGGCUCAAUUAACAAAGUCAAUUGAGGAAAAUAGUAACAAAGAAGAAAAACUGGGGGAAGACAAUAUAGAUAGUUCUCCUGAAACCACAGACGAUAAAUUUGAUUCUGGUUUAGAGGCAGCUACUCACUCAGAAAGAAGAAAUGGUAAGGACAGAAAAAAAGAAACAUUGCGGCAAAGAAAUAAAAAGAAAUCUCAGACAAGGAAAGGGCGAGCUAAAACGAAAUCAAUUGAACAGGAGGGAAUAGAUGAUUGGUCUGAUGAAGAUGAUUAUUAUGAUGAUGAUGAUGAUGAGCCAUAUGAUGACGACAUGGAUGAUGAUAUAGAGGAUGAUGAAGCUAUGGAUGAUGAUGUUAUGAGUGAGAAAGGUUUAAAUGAAGAAGAAACUGAUAGUAUUGAUUCAUGGAAAAUGACAGAAAAGCCUUUGGAUGAAUCAGAGGACUUUGAUGAUGAAGACGAUGACGAUAAACUUAAAGAACAGGAAGAUUUGCAAGAAGAGAUUAAGCAGCUCAAAGAACAAAAUCAAGAAAUCAAGAAAGAAAAUCAAGAACUCAAGGAAGAAGUUGGCCAGUUGCUUUACCAAGAUGCCACGGUACUCCUAAACCAAACAAAGCCAAACUACAAGAAAGCAUAUGGCUUACUAGAAGAAGCUGCCUUUCUUCACAACUUUACCAAAGCUCAAGAACUUGUUGCUCUAUCCUAUCUGUUUGGUGAUCACCUUCCCCGUAACAUCACCAAAGCGGUUCUGAUGUUGACAGAUCUUGCUGACAAAGGCUCAGCUGUUGGCCAACAGACUCUAGGAUUUUUGUAUGCAACUGGUAUUGGUGUCAACUCCAGCCAAGCCAAAGCUCUGGUUUAUUAUAUGUUUGCCGCAUUAGGAGGAGACUUCAAAGCUCAAAUGGCUCUGGGUUAUCGUUAUUGGGCAGGUAUAGGGGUGGCUGCUAAUUGUGAGUCUGCACUGACCUAUUACCGCAGAGUGUCCAACAAAGUUGCAGAGGAUGUGUCCUUAACAGGUGGAGCUGCCACUCAAAGAAUACGCCUUAUUGAUGAAGAAGAACAGGGUGGAAGCAGCUCAGUGCUAGAUGAAGAUCUAAUUCAGUAUUACCAGUUCCUUGCCGAUAAGGGGGAUGUACAGGCUCAGGUUGGCCUUGGUCAGUUGCAUUAUCAGGGAGGUCGAGGAGUUGAAAUGGAUCAUGCAAGAGCCUUCAGAUACCUCCAGCAAGCUGCUGAUGCAGGAAAUUCAAAUGCUAUGGCUUACUUGGGAAAGAUGUAUUCAGAGGGAAGCACUGCAGUCAAACAAAACAACAAGACAGCUUUCCAGUGGUUCAAAAAAGCUGCAGAUGCGGGUAACGCUAUCGGCCAAAGUGGCUUAGGUUUGAUGUACAUGUUUGGGAAAGGGGUGGAAAAGGACUAUGAGAAAGCUUUCCAAUACUUCAAACUGGCUGCUGAACAAGGUUGGGUUGAUGGCCAUCUCCAAAUGGGAACAUUGUACUAUCAUGGGCUUGGUGUCAGACGUGACUACAAGAUGGCCAUCAAGUUCUUUAAUUUAGCAUCACAGACUGGUCAUGUGCUGGCAUUUUACAAUCUUGCUGUGAUGCAUGCUUCUGGAACAGGAGUGUUGAGAUCUUGUAACACUGCAACAGAGCUUUUCAAGAAUGUCGCAGAGCGCGGAAGGAUAGCACAGAUGUUAAUGGAGGCGCACGAGGCAUACCGUGCGGGUAACAUAGAUACUGCCCUGCUGAAGUAUGCAUCACUAGCAGAACUGGGAUAUGAAGUCGCACAAAGCAAUGUAGCCUACAUUCUUGACCAUGGUUUGACGUCAGUGAUCCUGGAAAAUGAAACAUUUCCCAGAGCCCUGCUCUACUGGACAAGAGCAGCCUCUCAAGGAAAUACUGCAGCAAGAGUGAAAGUUGGUGAUUAUCAUUACUAUGGAUUUGGAACAGAUAUUGACUAUGAAACAGCGGCAUUCCAUUACAGACUGGCUUCUGAACAGCAACAUAACGCACAGGCAAUGUUUAAUCUGGGCUACAUGCACGAGAGGGGACUGGGUAUGAGACAGGACAUUCAUCUUGCUAAAAGGUUUUAUGACAUGGCAGCUCAGACCAGCCCUGAUGCCCAGGCCCCUGUCUCACUUGCUCUUUUGAAGUUAGGCGUGUUUUUUACGUGGGAGUGGAUUCAAGAGAAUUACGGAUCACUGAACUUGUCAAAGGUUACCAACUUUAUUGGCGACGACUGGGAUAUUUAUGUCCUGACAGGACUUGCUCUCCUGUUUGGAAUUCUUUUUCUCCUUCGAAGGAGACAAUAAACACCUUUUGUAGAUUUUGUACAGUAAUCGUAGCUCGCGUGGCAAUGCAUUAAAAAUUGAUUUUAAAAGUAAUAAAAUAUUCCACCCUCUUACUAAAA